AUGGCAUCUGCUGAUCUGAGACAGGAGCUGGACUGUUUCAUCUGUCUGAGCACUUAUACAGAUCCUGUAAACCUGAGAUGUGGACACAACUUCUGCCGGGUCUGUAUUGAUUGUGUGUUGGAUACACAGGAGGGGUCUGAAGGUUAUUCCUGUCCUGAGUGCAGAGAAGAGUUUCAGGAUCGGCCUGUACUGCAGAGAAACAUAACACUGCGUAACAUAGCGGAGACUUUCCGAUCUACUCAACCAGAUCAGGAGAAGACUGGGAUCUUCUGUACUUACUGUAUUCACUCUCCUGUACCUGCUGUUAAAUCCUGUCUGCUAUGUGAAGCUUCUCUGUGUGAUAAUCACCGGAGAGUCCACAGCAAGUCACCAGAACACGUCUUAACUGAACCCACCACUUCCAUGGAGAAGAGAAAAUGCUCCAUCCAUAGGAAGAUCCUGGCGUAUUACUGCAUUGCUGAUGCUGCCUGUAUCUGUGUGUCCUGCAGGCUGGAUGGAGAACACCAGGGACACAAGGUGGAGACUCUGGAUGAGGCCUCUGAGAGGAAGAAACAGAAGCUCAGCAAUCUUCUGCAAAAACUGAUCACAGAGAGAGAGGAGACUGAGAAAAAAAUUCAGAGUCUGCAGGAACGUAAGGGAAAAUUACAAGAAAAAGAAGCUGGUGUAACAGAGAGAGUCACUGCCCUCUUCAGAGACCUCAGGAGACAUCCGGAAGACCUGGAGAAGAGAGUCCUGAGGGAGAUCUCCAGGCAGGAAGAGCGGCUCUCACAUCCUAACCUGAUCCAGAAGCUGGAAAUAAAGAAGGCGGAGCUGUCCAGGAAGAUGGGUCACAUUGAGGAGAUGUGUAACAUGACUGACCCACUGACUGUCUUACAGGAAUCAGACACAGGGGACUUGUGUGAUACUGAGGAGGGAGAUGAUGAGGACAGAGAGAGACAUGAUAAACUCCUCCAUGAUGGGGGGGAUCUGGAUGUGGCUGGACUCUCACACACAUUACACUCGGGGUUAUCUGAUAUGAUGAAAGGGGUAAAUGUCUGCUUCAUUAUACAGGAAGCUUCAGAUAUAGUACUGGAUGUAAACACAGCUCAUAAUAAUCUACAGAUAUCAGAGGACAUGAAAACUGUAUCCAGGUCAGAUAUAAGGCAGAAUCGUCCAGAAACACCGGAGAGAUUUCAGUUCUGGUCCCAGGUAUUAAGCAGUCAGAGUUUCGACUCAGGGCGACAUUACUGGGAAGUGGAUGUCAGUGAAUCAGAAAACUGUGCAGUCGGGAUGUGUUAUCCCAGUAUAGAGAGGGGAGGAAUGAAGUCAGGGAUUGGAAGGAAUAACAAGUCUUGGGGGUUGUACAGUUAUGACAAUGGGUGUUAUCUAAAAUAUGACAAGAUGUCGGGUUACAUACCUCACGAUAACCCCAUUGACAGAGUCAGGAUCUAUCUGGAUUAUGAGGCCGGACAGCUGUCCUUUUAUGAUCUGUGUGACCCGAUCCGACACUUACACACCUUCACCACCACCUUCACUGAGCCCCUUCAUGCUGGAUUAUGGAUAGGCUCACACAGGAUCUCUGGCUCCUCUGCAUCAGGGUUUUCCUGGACUCAGCCCGCUCAGGAACCUCAGCCCAGAAUCGCCCCUCCACCUAAAAUCACAGAGUCGCUAAAAUCACAGAAUUGCAGUCUCAACUGUCACACACAGCACGGCUUGUUCCAGGCUCUGCACUGCAACUCCCUCAAGUCUCUGCAUCACAGGCUGUGCAAGACCACUAGGGAGACCCUCCUGCAACUCAUGAAACCGACCAAUCAGCGGUCGACUGACCAGGCCAGACGCCAAGAAGUCCGCGCCACAAUUUCCGACCACACUAUCAAGGUGUCAGAGAAAGAUGACCGGAGGCGCAAGAAAAUCAAAUUUAAUGUCCCGGAUAAGCUCCCGCAUGGAACGGAGUCCGAGAUCGUUACUCCUCAGAUGCAGGAGCAAGAUAUCCGGUACCCUAUCCUACCUGGAAAAUCAAUGUACCUCGGGACCACUCUGCUCCAUAACAUACCUGGCACGCCUAUCCAGCGCACCUCGGCAAUGCUUCUAGAUGGGCUCAGUGACUUACGAAGCAAUCCAGCGAUGACUCCAAUGGAAGCUUCCACAGAUGACUGGAACAAGAAACCCCGCAUUGCUCCGCAUCCGGCACCAACACUCGGAACUUGUCCCACUGAAAACAAGAUAAGGCAUCGGCUAAGGGUCCACCGCAGUCCCAGUCUGAACAGCAUGCGACUCUGCCGGCGGCGGGAACGGGUAUAA